CAGACCUCCCAAGUGCCUGUGCAGUGUCUCCAGAUGCAAUAUGGCCUGGGGUGGCCUCCAGCCAGGCCAUGCUAAGUUGUAUGGCAUCUCCUGCUGCUGUGUGGAUGGGGCAACUUCCAGUCAAGCUGCAUCAGGCCUCAUGGCAUCUCCAAAGGUGGUGGCGGACAGCAGACAAAGGUAGGAGAGAGGGACGGGAGGGGGGUGGGCAAGGAAGGGCUCAGCCUCCUCUACCCCCUCAAGAUUUUUUUGGGGGGGGGAGCUCAGCCCCAUCCCAACAGACAUGGGGGGGGUUGAAGAUUCAUCAGCCCAGUAGAGUUGGUGCCUAUGCUAGGAAGUCCUCUAGACCCAUGCAGUGAGUCUUGAGGCAUAUUUUCUUUUCUUUUUGCAUGUAAAAGGCUCCAGCUUCAUAUUAUACAGAGCUAGAUGGAUCACUCGUCUGACUCGGCACAACAAAGCUUUCCGGGACAUUUAUCUUCCUGCCAAUUUUCCCCGUAACAUCCUUGAACAUCAUUUGAAACAAGACCAGGGUAUUUUAUUUUUUAUUUAAAAGCAAGCACAGAAAAGAAAAAGCGAUAACCUGAUAUUUGGAAAUUGAAAAUGGCUCCUAACCCAAGAGAGAGACACUUUGCAGUCACAGUUGAGAUUUUUGUUUCCCCUACGUCCCAUUCAUAACACUUUGCCACAUCUCAUUUGCACAGUGCUUCAGAAGUGGGAAGUUUGCGCAAGAACAGGCCGCUGUUAACAGGAGCCUGGAGAAAGGAGAGACUGACGUGAAUGGAAGCUUAGAGCAGCUUUGGCUGGGUGGGCAGGCUGCCGAUAUAAAUAGCUCUGCAUAUAAUAAAGUGUCAACGUUGAGCGUUAUCUGAUCCUCUCCGCUCCAUCGUACAGUUUGGCAAAGAAGGAAAGACAAGUGUGAAUCUAUUCAUAACUAGGCCCACCUAUUCACCUACAGCACCGACAAAAAAUGGAAAUGUAUACUCGCUUGAACUCUGUGUGAGAGCAUGGAAUAAAAUUGUGUGCAGAGGUCAAA